AAUUUAGCAAAGAGCAGAGUUACCUCAGAGACAAAGGAAGAAGAGAGGCGAGGUAGCUAGCUUCAGACAUGGGGUUCUGCUGUGGGCCUUCGGAUGUCCAGGUGCUCCCCGAGAACACGUCCUCCUCCUCUCCCUCCUCCUCCUCGUUUGUUAAAGAUUCCGGUGAUGGCGGCAAGAAGAAACAGCAGCAAGUUAUAAAGAAGGAACAGGGGAAGGAGAAGAAGAUGAGCAACCUUGACCGGGCCGCCCUCACAACACCCCGCCUCCCCUUCCAUUCUCGACCCGGUCUAAUGUGACAGAUUAGCCGAGAACCAGUGUAUUUCAUAGAAAUAUAUGAUCUUGUGUGUUCUCCUAUUAGCCUACGUCUGAGUCUGUAACUUAGGAUGUAUAGCUCCAUUGUCCCGUUGAAGUUUCGAGGUUUGCAGUGUGGCCACGUGUUCUAUUUAUUCAUUGAUGGGUUGGCUGUAUCAGAAUAUCCAAAUUGCAGGUGUGUUAUAAUAGAGAUUUUGUCCAUUGUCCAUCAGGACAAUAUAUUUUUCCCUACA